AUGAUUAACUAUAAAGAUAUCGAAUCAGCAUUAGUUGAGGUAAUUAAAGUGGCAUAUAGCCAAGAUAUGAAAAAAUAUGAUAAAAUGGGAUUGACAUAUGUGGGCUAUUUGAAAACAAUAAAACGUAAAAGGGACCCAGAUGAUCAUUGCAGAUAUGUAACAAAGCAACGAGCUCCAAAUGAGGAAAUUUAUAAUGAGAAAAUGGCGGAUUUCAAAGACUGGUAUAAUGAAGAAGUGUAUCAGAAUCUUAAAAAAAUAUAUAAAUUAUAUUUCUUAUUCGCAAACCAAGAAGAGGUUAUACAAAAAAGGUCUACAGAAGAA